UCCCGGCCUAUCCCGGGGCUCAUCCCGCCCAUCCCGGCUUCCUCCGGCGGCCUGUCCCGGCCUGUCCCGGCUCGCCAUGGCGCUGCCCGUCGUACACAGGUGCCUCCAACUCACUGAUGAAAAUGAGCAGUUAGUCAAGAAGGUGAAAAAACUACACAUAAAAAAUAAGGAUCUAGAAAGGAAUCUGGGUCAGAUCCAAGAACAACUGCAUCUGCAGCAGUUAAUGCAUGUCUGUGGCACAAGCAGAGAUGUUCAGGUUCAAACAGAAACCCAUUUAUGGCAUAAGGGUGGAGACAGCAAGGAUAUGGUUCUAGAGAGUGACAGUGUCAGACUACUUCAGAUGUAUAAUGAGCUACAGAAGCGUUAUGUUAAAGAAACCAAAACAAACAAGGAGCAAAGCGAAGCAAUUAAAAAUCUCACUAUUAAAAUUAAUGAGCUAGAGCAUAAUCUUCAAGAGCAGAGGCAAAGAAUUGAGCAACUGGAAUGUAAAAAGAUUUCUAGGAAAACUAGUGCUCUUUCUAGAAAACGAAGUCAAACCCCAGAGGGAGGAGUAACUUCUCACAAGGACAUUUCUGCAGAGAAGGAAGGCUGUUGCAGCAGCUACUUAGAGCUAUUGUUGAAGGAGAUUAAAAAGCUGAAGAAAGAAAAUGGAAAGUUGUCUGCAGAAAAGAGAGCACUAAAAAAUGAAUUAGCUGGAUUAGACAAGGGGUGACAGUAAAAGAGGGUGGUAGUUCAUUGGAUGUGUAACUUGCAGAACAUAAAGCCAGGGAUUUUUUUGAAGAGGUAGAAGAUCUAAAACAUGCUGUACAGGAAUCUGUGAAACUGAACAAUGAGUAUGAAAAGUGCUUGAAGCAAAUCAGUCUAAUAUAUGGACUUCCUUUUACAGCACAUUUGUAAC